CCUUCACCUUUGUUGUCAAGAAACAAGAAGAGCUCUGAACUGUCAAAAAGUGUUGAAGUUUUAUUUAAAGAGAAUGUAAUCCGCUGGAUUAUUUACAAUGACAAUAAUAUGCUACAGUCUUGCUUGAUGGCUUGAAAAUGGGUCCCUAAAGUGUGUGGGAGAUGACAAAGAACCACUUUACUGUGCUGGGGCUGAAGGUGGGGGCCAGUGAGGAGGAGAUUAAGAAGGCCUACAAGUCCCUGGCCAAGAAGUACCACCCUGACAAAAACAGUGAUGCUGGGGCAGAGGAAAAGUUCAAGGAAAUCGGUGCAGCUUAUGAGAUCCUGAAGAGUCAAGACAGACGUGAAAUUUAUGAAAGAGAUCUGAACCGACAAAAAGAACAGAAAUCAUCCAAAGUUCCCCCCAGUGGUGGGUUUUCAUCGUAUUUCACAAGCACGAAAGAGAACCAGUCCAACAAGGACCACACAGCAUACUCCAGUAAAUAUAAGGGAACCAGUUUCAAGACUAGGUUUGACUUCCAGGAACCGAGUGGCUCUUCUUGGUCCCACACAGAUGCUAAAGAAACAAAAGGCAAGAAGAAAAAACCAACCCACAAACCUCGCCAAAAACCCUGGAGCCAGAACUGGGAUGAAGCAGAUGAAGACUUUUCUCCAGGGUUUGGCGAUGAAGGCAGGUCCUUUUCGUUUGCCUUUAAGACGUUUGUGGAUGAUUUGGAUUCACAGUUCUCCAUGUUCUUUACUUCCUCCACACCCUUCGAGUUUUCUGCUUUCUAUGGAAACAAAGAGGACCCAUUUGCCCAGUUCUUUUCAAGUUCUGGAGGAAAAGGAGAAUUUUCCACAAAGAAAGAGAAGGAAAGGAAGAGAAAUGUUGCGGGUGAAUACGGCUUUAAUGAGGAUCUCAAUGAGGAAUAUCUAUUUUCACCUCGCCAAGGCAAAUCUCGGAUGACCAACAAUUUGUCAGAUACAGAUGAUGAGCCGACCUUUAGAUUCAGCAUGUCAGAGUCCGAUACAGAUUCAGAUGAUUAUGAAGAAACUCGAUUCAAGUGUUCAUUUUGUGGGAAGAUGUUGAGGAUCGAUGCCCUGAAAACACAUGAGCCUGCUUGUCGUCAGCGUCACAAGAAGGAAGUGAACAUUGACAGUGACGAUGAGUACUUUGAUCCUAACGGUUAUUCAGCCAAGUUUGGCCCCUCCCACAUCCCCGGGGAUUGGCGGGGGACCCACGAGGAGUUACUCAGGCAUAUACGGAGACAGAGGAGGGCUGCCAAGGCCAAGAAACGGGAGGAAGAACUGAAGAGUGAUUUAGAAACAGUAGUCUGUAAGUGGUGUGGAAGGUCCUUCAGUCGUAAAGCUGCGGAGCGCCAUGUUCCGUUCUGUGAGAAAUGGACAAAAGAUCAUGGCCGUCCUCAGAGUCCAACCCACAUGUUUAACACAAAAAGUAAAUCUGACCGAGCCAGAGAGUACUCAAAGAAGAUCCCCAAACCCAGGAGAAACAAGACUCCUCAUGAGGACAAAGAGAAUGAGUCUCCCCCGUCGACCUUCAGAAGUAGAAGUCGUCCAACCAGUUUCCCAGAUCUGAAUGACCACCAUCCAAAAAGCAAAGAGAGACCUAUUCCUACCACCAGUACUGGCCUGCACCCCUCUACACCCCGGUCAACUUACACCCCGAAGUCCAACACCCACACCCCAAGGUUCACAUCCGAUUCCGAAGCCAAGCAGGGGACUACCACUGGGGCUUACUUUGGAGUGUCUGGUUCCAAAUUCGGUGCCAACACCAAGUAUGGAGGGGGCCUGAAAGGGUCCUCAUUACACGGAGCAGGGGUCAAGGGGUCAACUCAGAAGGGGACUGGAUUCUACCGCAAGCCCACUCACGUCAAGUUUGCCACGUAACUUGAGAAUUUCUUGAAUUUUCUCAGAACUUUGAGAUUAUUUUGUAACGUAUUAACGUUUUUUUUUUUGGUCAACCAAGAUAAAAAUUGAAACAACGAAAUAAGAGAUAAUCACAGAGCUAGUGUAUUUUAGUACUUGUAUGUUUAUACAGGUGUAACAUCUGAAAAAUUUGAAGAUGUUUGACAGAAAUUGUAUUUGAUCAUAAACGGUGAAUUGUACAAAGAUAUUGAUAUUACAUAUAUAGUUUAUGUGUUUAUGUCCAGUGCUUGCCUGCUUGUCAAUUUUUUUUUUUCACUGUAUAUAUUUUCAACAUUUAGGAAUAAAUGAGAGUUAUUUGUUAUUUAUCGCCUCUUGCAUUUAAACAAACAACACAAUUUCUGGUCUAUAUAGCUUAGUACUACAAUAACAUUGUACUUACGUAUUAUACAACAGUAGAAUUAGAAGUGCAAUAGUUUUACACUGUUUUAUAUAUAUUUCUCUGGGUGAUUUUCACUCACUUUGUUCAGUAUUUAAUAUUUUUAUCUUCACACAUGUUCACUAAAUGUUAACUUUUACCCACACAACCCGAAAUAUGUUAGGAAUGCAUGUUUGUUAUAUUUGGUGCACUGAAUUCUUCAUUUAUUUGUUUUUCAUUAGCCCAUUAUUAAAAUAUAGAUAUAGCCGUAAUAUUUAAGUCUUUGGGGUGAAGAACUAAUUUUCAUGCAUUCAUAUUAUCACAGCUUUAUAGUGCAAAAAGUAUCUUUCCUUAUUUUUCUCUUGAAUCUUGUGUAUAAUUUUUCACUUUGUUAUCUGUUUGUUUUCUUGUAUAAUGUAAACUAGUCUUGUCUUCCAUUACUGGUUCAUUUGCAUGUACGAUUUAUUUGAAUAACAGGGUUAAUGCAAUUUUAAUAAGACUGAAAUUUUAAGAAUUUCUUUGAAUAAAAAAUUAACUAUCAGUACUAGUACAUGUAAUAUGUACCUUUUCAAAUAGUGUGAAUAUGAAAAAGUGUGUAAAAAUAUUCUUCUAAUGAUAAAUAUAUUAUUAUGAAAUUGUUUAGUACAUGUAUAAGUCAUGAAAAUAGAUUCUUUCUAUGAAAGGACUAUGAAUUUUGAAAAUGUUGUUACCGUAUAAGUUGAGGGCAUAGAACUUUUUUACCAAACAGAAGUUGUAUAUACCGGUAUAAUAUCUUUUAUUUAUAUUUGAUUGUUGUUUUUUUUUUUACAAAUAAAUCAGAUUAUAAAUGAUUUAUCAAUUUGAUUUUUAACUUUCAAAAAAUAAGAUGCAGAUCAAUUAACCUCUUAAUUAUUUAAAAUUCACGAUUUAUCAAGUGUAUAUAGAACUACCUCAGUCUUAUUACAUCAGUUUUCUCUUUAAUAAUUUUUAAACUACUAAUUUAUAUGCAUGAGAUAAAAUCUAUCAACUACAAUGAUAGAUUUUUAUUUGAUUGUUUAUAUUACUGCCUUUGAUGGCUAAAUGAAAAUUGUGAUCACUUUUCUGCCCUGUAUUGUAUUCCUCUCUGUCUGUGAUAUUAUUUUAAAAUAGACUGUAAAGUGUACAUAAUCGCCAUGGUUACUGCCCUACACUGACUUUGUGAUCUAUGUAUAUUCCUCAAGUUAAUGUCCAUCCAUGUGAGAACUUGGAGUUACUGUAAAUGGGAGAUGAAGAAUUACAACAAAUGAAUUUGCCUCCUCUGUAAAUGUAUUGAAUAAUAAUUUAUUUGUAGUUCAUGAUAUUUUAAAGUAAUUAAUUUAUUUAUUGAGUAAUAGUUUUAUUUAUACAUAGUUUAAGUAUUGAAGAAUAGUGGAUAGUUGUUUUAAGUCAUCACACAAGUGUUUGUCUGUUUUGUUUUUGUUAAUGAAAUCCAUUGUUUUCAAUAAAUUGGAUAGUUUCUAAGUAA